AUGCUGAACAGUACGAACGCCAUUUGGCUCGUGGACUUUUACUCGCCCUGGUGUCCUCACUGCCGGCAGUUUGCACCGAUCUGGGAACAAGCGUCGACGGUCUACAAAGACGUGCGUGCGAUCGCCUUUGGGGCUGUUGACUGCACCAAGCAGAACAAAAUCUGCAACGACGAGGACGUGCACUCGUACCCGGGUGUCAAACUGUACCACGCGUCUCGAAAAGCCAAUGCAACAGCAGCAGCAGCUAUUGUUAUGCACUCUGAAGAGUUCACGUCUGCCAAGGACGUGGUAACUUGGAUUGAAGAGACGGUGAAAGCAAAUGGAUUGCAGCCGCUGCUCGACUCGACUGCAGUGUACCCGAAGCACACUACUGUUCAACGUGGUGAAAAGAAAACGUUUGGAGAUCCAGUAGAACCGCUGCAGAACGACCGGUCGCCGGACGUGAGACUCCAGCGGCUACAAGACGCAGGUGCUACUGCGCUGUUUACUUUCGAAGACGGCUUUUUCUUGGGCACGACAGUGUUAGAAGGGAAGCGAUACGAGGCGGCAGUCACGUGGAUCCGAGCACUUGCUGCCUCGUUUCCUCGAAAGGAGAACCGUGAGGCAUUGACGGUUCUUGUACGUGAGAUAAAGCAGCGCGAGCGAUGGGAACUAGCUGAGUGGAGGGAACUCUUGGACAAGUGGAAAGCUACUGCCAAUGCAAUGAGCGACCCGGCAAACUUGUUUCGUGACAAGGACAAGUUGGUGUUGUGCACAACUGCUACGUGUGGGCUCUGGACAUUGUUUCACCUAAUCACAGCAAGUGACAACACGUCAGCAGCGAGAUCCGAGCCAUGGAAGCCGAGUGAGGUCAUGGAAGCUAUCCGCCUCAUGGUGAAACACUUUUUUGGAUGCGACAAGUGCAGGCGUCAUUUCCUUAAGAUAAACUCAGACAGCGCAAUGCAAAAGUUGGUGCUUCGAGAUGACGACGGACCGGAAGCAGUCGUGCUCUGGUUGUGGAUGUCUCACAAUUUAGUGAAUGCGGUCAUUGGCAAGCCGAUGUGGCCAACGCAGCGGUCCUGUCCUCAGUGCUACGUUGGCGGCAACGGUCCCCUAACUAUGGAUUCCAGUCGGCUGAAUGAAGAAGACAUUGUCGCGUAUGUCCGAGAUAUCUACGAGUUUGGAGACGAGUUGACACUCGGACAGGAAAGCCGUGCAUCGACAUCGUGGGUAUCACUGGGAUCGAUUGCCACAGCCGCUCUAUUUUUUGCGAUAGGUGCCGCUUUAUUCCAGCUGCACAAACAUCGCACAACUCAGCGCAAAACGCUUGACCACGCUGCAUAG